GCACUUGUAUGGAGAGGACUGUUGGCCUCUGAAGGGAUUGAGCCAGUUCAGGCCAGCCUGCUGCUCCUUCUCUCCUUCUCUCCUUUUCUUUUUCCCCUCUCUCUCUCUCUCUUUCUCUUCCUGUCCUGUCUGUUUAAGGAAAGAAAGAUUGGGAAAUUCCUUCAAGCUACUUUACUUCAGGUUUCUGUGGGAUUUAAACAUGCAAACUGAGGUUUUGGUACAGUCCAUGUUAGUGCCGUUGUUUCUGAUUCUGCUCUCUACCGUGGAGGACACUUUGUUACAAUCGGUGAGCCAGGUGGGUGGUGUGUGUAAGCUGUCCACAGAGUCGUCCCUGCGCCGCUGCAGGACACCUGAUGGCAAGAUCUGCAGUGGGAGGGGCAAGUGUGACUGCGGCAUCUGCUUCUGCGAGGCCACAGAUCCGGGGAAGUUCUACGGUCCUCGCUGCGAGUGCCACGACUGGGUCUGUGCUACACAUAAUGGGAAAACUUGCAAUGACCGUGGCUACUGUGACUGUGGGACAUGUGAGUGUGAUGAAGGUUGGUCCGGAGAUGCCUGCCAGUUCCAGGAGGAGUGUAACCUGCCCAACAAGAAGAGCAAAGAGCUGUGCAAAAACCCACAGGGGGUGGUGUGCUCCAACAGAGGCACCUGCCACUGUGGUAGCUGCAUGUGUGACAAUGAGGACAACAGGGGCCUGGUGACGGGACGUUUCUGCGAGUGUGACGACAGCGAGUGUCUGGACGAGGACACCGGAGAGGUGUGUGGAGGCCAUGGCCAGUGUUACUGUGGAAACUGUUACUGUGCUGCUGGUUGGCAUGGAGACAAAUGUGAAUUCCAGUGUGACAUCAGCCCAUGGGAAAGCAAGCGGAGAUGCACAUCUCCAGAUGGCAAAAUCUGCAGCAACAGAGGGACCUGUGUGUGUGGGGAGUGUAACUGUUAUGAUGUAGAUCCCUCUGGCGACUGGGGAGAUAUUCAUGGAGACACCUGCGAGUGCGAUGAAAGGAACUGUCAUGCAACCUAUGACCGAUACACGGAUGACUUUUGCUCAGGUCACGGCCAGUGUAAUUGCGGCAGGUGUGACUGCAAGGAGGGAUGGGCCGGGAAGAAGUGUGAGCAUCCUCUGUCCUGCUCGCUGUCUCUGGAGAGCAGUGUGAAGAAGUGUCGUGGAACGUCCAAUUUGCCCUGCUUCGGACGAGGUCAGUGCCAGUGCGGACAGUGCACUUGCCACCCACCGGGGGACAGUCGGGUUCAUGGCAAAAACUGUGAGUGUGACGACCGUCAGUGCGAGGACAUCGGUGGAGAGGUCUGUGGAGGUCACGGCUACUGUUCAUGUGGACGCUGCAUCUGCGAGGAGGGCUGGUUCGGGAAGCUGUGCCAGUUCCCCAGGUCUUGUGACAUGAGCGACGCCCAGAGCAAGGAGCUUUGUGAGACCUCCGACGGAGUCAUGUGCAGUGGAAAAGGUUCCUGCCACUGUGGCCAGUGUAUCUGCUCUCCCCAAGACUGGUGGGUGUCUGGAGAGUACUGCGAGUGUGACGACCGGGAGUGUGACAAACAUGACGGCCUCAUCUGCACAGGGAAUGGGUUGUGCAAUUGUGGCAAUUGUGAGUGCUGGGACGGCUGGACAGGGAACGCUUGCGAAAUCUGGGUGGGAGCAGAGUACUAAGGAGGAGAGGACACUGGUGUUAGAGACUGGCUGCCCGGAGCGACCAGAGCACCACCGAUGGUCACCACCCGGGCUGUAGAAACAUCACAGCCUGGAGAACCACGGGAGGAGGGAGAAGACCAAGCUAAACAUGGAUGUAAUUCUGCAUAUCAUUAACAGCAUUCAUUCUUUUAUUGUACCGGCUACAAAUUAUCCUUAUAAAACUGGGUGUUGUAGGUGUAAAAGAAACAUAAACAUAAUAACAUGUAAACAUUUGUUUCCAGAACAGCUUUAUGUAUCUUUUUUUUGUUGUUGUUAUAAUGUAGGAACGCUUACAUACUCCAGAUGGCUACACAUAAUAGGAUGCAGGUGACAUGACAAAUCUAAAUGUUGAAAAGAGAAGGAUUAUUAAGGUUGCAAUAUGUGCAAUACUGCAGAGGAUAAAGUACAUCUGUUUUUAACUGUAAGUGGUGCGUUGCUCCCAAAUUGGACUGAAAGUUCACUCGAAAGCUCAAGACAGAGAUUACUGUUUGAGGUUUUUAUUUCUUUUUAAUAAUAAAACAUUAAAUGUGCCGCAUGACACAACAGUUUGCAUGGAAAACAAUGCGAAGACCUUAAUCAUACAUGGUUACAAAUUUGUUAUAACAUGACAUAACUUCAAUGGGCAUACUUGCAAUGGUAUAUAUAUUUUUUUGAAAAUAAAUCAUUUUAAUAGUG